AUGGCCUCUUCUUCCUCUGCAAAAACCACCUUCACCACCACCACCACCACCACCACCACCACCACCAGAAGAUCACCAUCAUCAUCAACUGCAAGACCCUCUCUUCUUUCCUUCCUCCACAACACUACCCCUUCACUACCCAUCACCUUAAAACUCUCCCAUUCCCCUUCAAAUCCACUACAUUACAAUUCUCCAUAUCACCAUUCCUUAACCAUGACCAAUGCUGUCAAAACCAUCGAAUCGGCUUCAAUAUGUGCUCCAGAUUCUGAUAACCUCCCCUCCUUGAGACCCAAUAUCUUGGUCUCAGAGAAACUUGGAGAAGCAGGACUCCAAGUUCUGCGGAGAUUUGGCAAUGUAGACUGCUGUUAUGAUCUUUCACCUGAGCAACUCUGCGCUAAGAUUGCAUCGUGUGACGCGUUGAUCGUGAGGAGUGGCACCAAGGUGACUAGGGAGGUGUUUGAGGCUGCUAAAGGAAGGCUAAAGGUUGUUGGAAGGGCUGGUGUUGGGAUUGACAAUGUGGAUCUGCCUGCUGCUACUGAAUUUGGUUGCCUUGUUGUUAAUGCACCUACUGCUAAUACUGUCGCAGCUGCGGAGCAUGGGAUCGCUCUGCUUACUGCCAUGACACGAAAUGUAGCGCAAUCAGACGCAUCCAUGAAAGCAGGAAAAUGGGAAAGAAGCAAGUACGUUGGAGUUUCAUUGGUAGGAAAGAAAUUAGCAGUAAUGGGAUUCGGAAAAGUUGGAUCGGAGGUGGCGAGGCGUGCGAAAGGCCUUGGUAUGCAAGUAAUAGCACAUGAUCCAUAUGCUCCAGUUGACAGAGCUCGCGCUGUCGGUGUGGAUUUGGUCUCUUUCGAUCAGGCCAUUGGGACUGCUGAUUUCAUUUCUCUCCAUAUGCCUCUCACUCCUACCACUAACAAGAUUUUCAAUGACGAAACGUUUGCGAAGAUGAAGAAGGGAGUUGGAUUAAUUAAUGUUGCAAGAGGUGGAGUCAUUGAUGAGGAUGCACUGGUAAGAGCUCUUGAUGGUGGAGUAGUUGCUCAGGCAGCACUUGAUGUGUUCACAGAGGAGCCUCCAUCAAAGGAUAGCAAAUUAGUACAGCAUAAGAAUGUCACCGUCACUCCGCAUCUGGGUGCAAGCACAAAGGAAGCACAGGAAGGAGUAGCUAUUGAAAUUGCAGAGGCAGUGGUUGGAGCACUCCAAGGGGAACUUUCUGCAACUGCUGUCAAUGCUCCCAUGGUCCCUGCUGAGGUUCUGUCAGAAUUGGCUCCUUAUGUUGUACUAGCCGAGAAGCUCGGUAGGCUAGCUGUACAACUAGCGAGUGGAGGGAGUGGGAUCAAAUCCGUCAGAGUGGUUUACAAAUCUGCUCGAGACCCAGAUGACUUAGACACGAGAAUUCUCCGAGCAAUGAUAACAAAAGGCAUCAUAGAACCAAUAUCUUCCUCAUUCGUAAACAUAGUAAAUGCAGAUUUCACAGCAAAACAGAAAGGACUCCGCAUUGCAGAGGAACGUAUAGUUGUCGACACAUCCCCUGAGUUUCCCAUUGAUUCAAUCCAAGUCCAAAUAUCGAACGUGGACUCCAAAUUUGCAUCCGCGGUGUCAGAGGACGGGUGGAUAGCCAUUGAAGGGGGAGUGAGAUAUGGGAUACCACACUUGACUUGUGUAGGAAGCUUUAGUGUUGAUGUGAGCUUGGAAGGUAACUUGAUUUUGUGUAGGCAGGUCGAUCAGCCUGGCAUGAUUGGUCAAGUUGGGAACAUACUUGGAAAACAUAACGUGAAUGUGAGCUUUAUGAGUGUUGGAAGAACUGUGCAAAGAAAACAGGCAAUCAUGGCAAUUGGUGUGGAUGAAGAACCAAACAAGGAUACACUUAGUUGUAUAGGCCAUGUUCCUGCCAUUGAAGAGUUUGUGUUUCUGAAGUUAUAGACAUUAUUCACUGAGUGUGAAAGUGGGGAAUAAAUGUAUAGCUGGAUCUUUUAUUUGUAUGUAUCUUCCAGCUAUGUCCAUAGGUAUAGUGGGAUUUUCUACAAUUCCAUGAUUUUUUUUCUUUCUUGUUUUGGUUUUUCUUGUUAUCAUUGUUUUGGUAACUCUUUACUGUUGUAAGGAAUUAAGGAUUGAUUCCUUUGGCCUUGUAUAUGGAAUCAAGUACUUACAAGUUGUGUUUUCUUUUGUUGAUAAUAAGGGCGUUUGAGCU